UUUCAGACGGGGAGCCAGAAAGCUUCGGAAAGAGAGAGGCACAUGUCGGGCACCUGCAGGAUCCAGGCAGACAAUGAGCUGUGAAAUGUCCUCACCUGAAUGCCUGAAGGAGAAAGGAAUUGAGCUCCUCACCCAUUUUGACAAGGUUAGCCUUCGAUAUCAGCAGGCUCCCGACGAACAAGUAGGUGGGAGCGUGGCGUCCCAGCACUCGCACCUGCUCGGGGCUUUGCACCAGUUAUCGGGUCUGGACAAGCUGUGGGAGAGGCUAAAGUCCGACCUUCCGUGUAAGCAGAAGCUGGGCAAGCUGGAAACACGGCAGAAGACCUUGGAGAACAUUGUCUCGGUUCUGAGUCGGGAGCUGGGCAGGAGAGAGGAGGCCCCUGCAAAUGCCCUCGGAGAAGCCAUGGCCAGGAUCCUUUACCUGGAGGAGAAGGUCCAACAACAAGACUCCCUCUUGACCCUGAAGGAUGUGAUGAUCAGCAACUUAGCAUCCCGCCUCCAGGUCUUGGAGCAAACCACAUACGACGGGUGUUUCUUCUGGAAAGUCCCCAAGAUGGGACUCAGACUGCAGGAGGUGCAAACAGGAAACAGGCCUGCCCUGUAUUCCCCUGUGUUUUACACCAGCCGCUACGGUUACAAGCUCUGCCUCAAGCUGUUCCUGAACGGAGACGGGGCAGGAGCAGGUACCCACCUUUCGCUUUUCCUCGUUCUGAUGAGAGGAGAAUAUGACUUCCAUCUCAAGUGGCCUUUCCGGCACAAGGUCACCUUCACUCUCCUAGAUCAAGUCGACAAGCGCCACAUCUCCACCUCGUUCCGCCCCUUGGAGACCUCGUCCUCCUUCCAGCGCCCCACGACCGAAGCCAACGUGGCGAGCGGCCUGCCGGAGUUCUGCCCCUUGAACGUGCUCCAUGCCCCGGGGACUACCUAUAUCCAUAACGACACAUUAGCCAUUCAAGCUGUGGUGGACACAAAGGCUUAG